AUGUCAUCGUACAAUAAGACCGUUAGUGGUAAAUUAACGCUUAAAGGUGGUUUCUCUCUAAAGUCUCGGAAAAAGGCGACGAAAAAGACCAAAAUCCAUGACAGUAAGAAACGUGAGCAUGAAUUAUCCGCUUCUGUCGUCUCCAGUGUGUUUGAACUGGUUAAACAUCGUGGUUCUGGUCGUCUUUUGAGCUCUGGUACGACGUUAAUGGGUCAAAUGGGCGCUAAAUUCCUUCAGGAACUUCAAGUAGGAGACGCAAUUGUGAUUCAGCAUCCCAUGUCAUUAGUAGAGGAGACACGUAUCAUUCGAAUGGUGUUAAGUGACGUCUCGGCCAGCAUUAGUUCAGCUUUUAGCUCUGAUUUAGUGUCAUCCACUCCUUUUUACUAUAUUAAAGCCCCAAAAGAUGAUCAAAAACAGCAAGAAGAAGAACAAAAUGAAAAGAAAAAGAAACGGAAAAUGGACGAGCAAAUUGCGUUUGGAACGUAUGCAGGGGGGACGGAAAAAGGCGGACAAUAUACUUACCGAGUUAAAAAAAGUGGAGCAUAUGGAGGAUAUGCUAUUGUUAAGGAGGAUGCAAAUGUCGAACGAAGUCGUGAAGAUUUACUCGACAUUCGUGCAAAGAAGAAAGGAGAUCGACAUUGCAUGUGA